UCGAGCGGGGAAGGAUGAGCGAGGCAAUCAAUGCCGUUUGUGUUGAUAUGCCCGAUGAAGCAAGGAAGAAGCAGGCAAAGCUGGCGGGAGAGAAGGCUGUUCAGGGCAAGAAAGUGAAGAAGGAGGACGUAGAGUACCUCGUCCGUGAGCUCAUGCUGCCGAGACAUAAAGCGGAGACUGCUCUUCAGGAGGCCGAUGGGGAUCUUGUAGCGGCAGUCAAGAAGGUUGUAGUCGCCUGAAUGAUGCGAUUGCGAUUCUAUAUGCUAUGCUAUUACAAAUACAGAUGACUCGCGAAGCCGGAUCUCGCUCUACGAUGUCCCCUGGGUCCCCUUUGCCCAGAUCACCACAGACCCAUCGUUAGCAACGUUGUACAGCACACCUUUACCCCAACCUCCUGCAGCGGGGCUCACGAGCUGUACGCUCGUCACGUCAACGAGUGGGUGUACGCUGAUCUCGCCGGAGCAGUCCCUCGCUCUGCCGGAGGACAGCUCCUUCACCUCGAUCCAAAU